AUGGUACCCAAAACAUCGGACGGAUACGUUUGGACGGCCGAUGCCGGCGUGUCGAAGGGCGGAUUGGAAUGCGUAGGGGUGAUUCAGCCGCUUCAAUCGCCACAGACCUUGCAGUCAAUCAAGUAUGACGUGAUUGUCAUUGGCGCGGGGUACGCAGGGCUUGUGGCGGCUCGAGAUCUCACAACGACUGGACACUCCGUCCUGCUUCUCGAGGCGAGAGAUCGAAUUGGCGGUCGGACAUACACGGUGUCCAAGGAUGGUUUCAAGUAUGAAAUGGGAGGAACCUGGGUGACGCACCACAUGCAGUAUCUAUUCAGGGAAAUGACCAGGUACGGCAUGGACCGAGAUCUGAUCCUGACCGGCGAUCCCGACAAGGCGAAGGGAUAUUACACGAUCAACGUUCCAGGCGCUAUCCCGCGAAAGCUUCCACAUGACGAGGCUGGGCGAAUGACAGCUCGGGCGUGGGAUAUUUUCGUCAACGUCGAUGGCGCACAAUGUCGGAACGUCUGCCCUCUGCCACAUGCACAACUGGGCAACGUCGUCGUCGAUCGGGCCACGGUUGAGCGGUGGGACCGGCUGUCCUGCCGUGACCGCUUCGACCAGAUCAGGCAUCAGCUCAGCGCCGAGGAAGCCGGUCUGCUCGAGUCUCUCCUCCUGCACAUAUCCGGUGGCCAUAUGGAGACUUCGUCCCUGUGGGACAUGAUCCGCUCACAUGCGCUCCUGGCGUACAGCUCGGAUAACUUCAAUGAUAUCUGGCUUCGCUACAAGCUGCGUGAAGGACAGUCGGAGUUGGCGAAACGGAUGCUCGAUGAGGCAGUGGAUACAGGCUUACAUUACGCCUUUUCUUCCCCUGUUGAUGCAAUCGAGGAGAUGCCGAAGAAAAGCCCUCAAGGAAUGGUAAGAGUCCACGCCAAGGAUGGAAAGACUUACAAAGCAGGUCGCGUCAUUUGCACCGUGCCUCUAAACGUCCUUGGCGACGUAAAAUUCACCCCCUUGCUCUCUGCCAAGCGUAGAGAAGCCAUUCAGCUGGGUCACGUCAAUCAUAUGACCAAGAUACACGCCGACGUGAAGAACUCAGAGCUGGCGCGCUGGAAUGGCAUGCGCUACCCAAAUGCCCUCAUGUACGGAUACGGCGACGGAAAUCUUCCAAACGGCAAUGUCCAUGUGGUAGCUUUCGGCAAGGAUGAGAGAGAUACCUUUGUGCCUGAGCGCGGCCCUGAGAAGGCUGUUGACGCUCUGAAAAAGCUUCACGACAUGGAUGUGGAAAGACUGCUCUUCCAUAACUGGAAUACCGACCCGUACUCAAAGGGCGGUCCAGCCUGGUGGCGACCUGGAUACAUGACGAAAUACCAAGAUGAGCUACAGAAGAUUCGCAACCAUCCACUUCACACCAUGGCAAAGACACAGAAAGACAGUGAAAUCAUCGAGAUUGCCCGUGGGCUCACCGGAACUCCAUGGUGCGAGGAAUAUGAGAAGAUGAUUUCGGGCAUGCUAUACGAUCCGCUGAACCAGAAGUUGGGGGAGGGCCGACACAGAGCCCGUUGUUUGUCGUACAAAUACAACAACCUCGACCCCAACGCAGCACCGUACGACAAGCACACCGAGACGCAACAUGCACUACUCAGCGAAAUGCUCGGCAAAGUUGGAUCCGGAACAUUUAUCGAGCCGCCGUUUACCCCAGACUACGGAUGCAACGUCAGCAUAGGAAAGAACUGCUUCGCAAACUUCGGUUUCACCAUCUUGGAUACCAGUCUUGUUAUCAUUGGAGACCGAGUCCAAUUCGGCCCGAACGUGCACAUCUACACGGCCGGCCACGAAACCAGCGCGCUGUCCCGAAUCAAGUUUGUCGAGUUUGGGCAUCCCAUCAAAAUCGAGGACGACUGUUGGAUUGGCGGUCAAGUCAUCAUUCUGCCUGGCGUCACCAUUGGAAGGGGUUGCACCAUUGGCGCAGGAUCCGUCGUGACGAAGGACAUUCCCCCUUACUCGAUCGCGAUUGGCAGCCCCGCUAAAGUCAUCAAGAAGGUUCCAACAGUGGAGGAAGAACGGGCCGACCCGAACAACCCCUUUAACCAGCUUCCGGAUCGCCAGUAG